UUUAAACACAUCGGCUUCAAAGUGGACAAGGUUACACAAACAUUAGAGAAGACAUUGGCUUGACUGGUCACUUUGUGCAUUUAUCAUACACAUAUAUCUCACACAGACUCAGCUGUCUCACACAUAUUGGUGAAUAUGUAUCACUCACAAAUGGAACUUACACAAAAUCCUCUGGAGAAGAUCUGGGUGCCGUGGAUGAGCAGCAGGCUGAGACAGAGAAGAGGCUCAUCAGUUCCGCAGUUCACCAACUCUCCCACCAUGAUUGUGAUGGUUGGUCUGCCUGCCCGUGGAAAGACCUACAUCUCUAAGAAACUCACACGCUACCUCAACUGGAUUGGCGUUCCCACAAAGGUGUUUAACGUUGGACAGUACCGUAGGGAUGCCGUACGCACCUAUAAGAGUUACGAAUUCUUCCGCCCAGACAACGAAGAGGCCAUGAAGAUUCGCAAAGCGUGUGCUCUGGCGGCGUUGAAGGACGUCUGUUGUUACUUCACUCAGGAUCAUGGACAAGUGGCACCAGUUUGGGAAAUGAGCAUGUUCAACCACUUAUCUUGGAGUGGAGUCUGGGUCGAGGCAGUUUGUCAUUUCUUACAGGUGUUUGAUGCAACCAACACAACAAGAGAACGUAGAGAGGUGAUUCUCACCUUCGCUAAAGAUAAUGGCUAUAAAGUCUUUUUUGUUGAGUCCCUUUGUGAUGACCCAGAAAUCAUUGCAGAAAACAUCAAGCAAGUGAAGCUGAGCAGUCCUGAUUACGUUAACUGUGAUAAAGAGGAGGCUGUGACUGACUUCCUCAAGAGAAUAGACUGCUAUAAACUAACAUAUGUUCCUUUAGAUGAUGACAAAGACAGGAACCUGUCAUACAUUAAGAUCUUUAACGUAGGCAGCAGGUACCUGGUGAAUCAGGUUCAAGAUCAUAUUCAGAGCAGAAUUGUCUACUACCUGAUGAACAUCCAUGUCACACCUCGCACUAUCUACCUCUGUCGUCAUGGAGAAAGUGAACUCAACCUUUUGGGGCGUAUCGGAGGGGAUUCCGGUCUCUCAUCACAAGGAAUGAAGUUUGCUGCAGCUUUAGGGACAUACAUUAGGGGUCAGUACAUCCUGGACCUGAAGAUCUGGACAAGUCACAUGAGGAGAACAAUCCAGACUGCGGAGGCAAUUGGAGUGCCCUAUGAGCAAUGGAAAGCACUGAAUGAAAUUGAUGCCGGUGUUUGUGAGGAGAUGAUGUACGAAGAGAUUCAAGAUCACUUUCCUGAGGAGUUUGCACUCAGAGACCAAGACAAAUACCGGUACCGCUAUCCAAAGGGUGAGGUCUCAAAGUUGGGACGGGGUCAACAAAUGGCUGAAAAAGCAAGAAAUUUUGAAAAGAUUCAGCUGGGAGAACAUCUAGCAACUAAUUAAGUUAUUUGAUAUCAGGUCUAUAACACGAUUAGCUACAAAAGGGAUGUCUUAGAGAGGCAGAGUCUCUCAGAAGUAAAGAUGGCUUUCCAGCAGAGGCUUUCCAAUCUGUGAAAGAGUGCGUAAAAAGAUUGUGCAAUACUUUAAAAACAAUGUUCCUCAACGUCAAAUUGCAAAGGCUUUGCAAAUCUCAUCAUCUACAGUGCUUAACAUCAUCAAAAUAUUCAGAGAAACUGGAAAAAUCUCUGCGUAAGGGACAAGGCCGAAGACCUUUAUUGGAUGCCCGUGGUCUUCGGCAUGAUUGUGUCAAUGACAUUACUAAAUGGGCCCAGGAAUACUUCCAGAAACCACUGUCGGUAAACACAAUCCUCCGUGCCAUCUGCAAAUGCCAACUAAAGCUCUAUCAUGCAAAAAGGAAGCCAUAUGUGAACAUGGUCCAGAAGCACCGUUGUGUCCUGUGGGCCAAGGCUCAUUUAAAAUGGACUGUUUCAAAGUGAAAAAGUGCUCUAUGGUCAGACGAGUCCAAAUUUGACAUUCUUGUUGGAAAUCACAGACGCCGUGUCGUCUGGGCUAAAAAGGAGGGAGACCUUCCAGCGUGUUAUCAGCAUUCAGUUCAAAAGCCAGCAUCUCUGAUGGUAUAGGGGUGCAUAAGUGUAUAUGGUAUAGCAAGCUUGCAUGUUUUAGAAGGCACUAUGAAUGCUGAAAGGUAUAUAAAGGUUUUA